AUGGGAUUCGAAGAUCAAGAGCACAGAGAAGACGAUCCUCUUGGUACUUCCUACGACCUUGUAUCGCUGCCGUGUGGCAACGACCACCUCCGUUGUUGCUGCGUGUACUACGAGAGCCCCAGUUACGGAGGUUCCAGCGAGGGCAUUUGGGCGAUUGAAACACCGCCGGAGCUCCGCCUUCUUUGUAAAUCGUCAAACACGUUGAAGAUUCCCCUCCACAACUUUUACUGCAACAAGGCUUUCGAAUUGAAGAUGAGGAUCACGUCGUCGUACUGGAAGAAUUGUGGACAAGCUUGCUCUGUAUCUUCAAUUCUCGGUGAAGAAUCGCGGAGCUCGUGGCGGAAAUGGAAGAUACAAAAGCUGAUCGGUGAAAUUCAGAGGAUUCUGGAGGAAUCGCCGGCGGUGGCUAGCAAGAAGGAGAAGAUGAAGGAAGAAACAGUAUCAAGCUAUUGA